CGGCGGCGCAUGCGGGAGGCGGGGAAUGGCCGGACAUGGCGCUGGCGGCCCCGGCGCUACGGCGCUAUUUGCUGCUGCUGGCGCAGGAGCACCUCGAGUUCCGCCUGCCGGAAAUAACAUCAUUGCUCUCCCUUUGUGGUGGACAAUUCAGUGGCGAGCAGGAAAUUUGUGUAAAUUCUCCCUUUUGGAUUCUCAAUAUUCCUUCAGAAGAGAUGGCAAGGGGACUAAUGAAGCGGACAGUAUGUGCAAAGUCUAUAUUUGAACUGUGGGGCCAUGGAAAAUCUGCAGGGGAGCUCUAUGCAUCUUUGAAGAACUAUCCAACAGACAAGAUGCUUCCAUAUCUACAGUCAGACUCUACUUACAAAGUACAUAUUCAUACAUUUAAUAAAACACUGACCCAAGCACAGAAAAUAAAAAAGAUUGAUGCCCUUGAGUUUCUACCAUUCAAAGGAAAAGUAAAUUUAAAGAAUCCAGAACACGUCUUUUGGAUUUUGGAAGAUUAUGGAAUGAACCCAAAUGAUGUUCCAGAAGAGCCCAUUCAUCUGUAUUUUGGUAGAUGGAUUGCAGAUGGCCAAAGAGAACUCAUCGAAUCCUACAGUGUAAAGAAGAGACACUUCAUUGGAAAUACGAGCAUGGAUGCCUGUCUCUCUUUCAUCAUGGCAAACCAUGGGAGAGUAAAACCCAAUGACAUUGUUUAUGAUCCAUUUGUUGGAACAGGUGGCCUUCUAAUCUCCUCAGCACAUUUUGGGGCAUAUGUGUGUGGUACUGAUAUAGAUUACAACACAAUCCAUGGAUUAGGCAAAGCAAGCAGAAAGAACCAGAAAUGGAGAGGGCCAGAUGAAAAUAUCAGAGCUAAUCUCCGACAGUAUGGUUUAGAGAAAUACUACCUCGAUGCACUGGUUGCUGAUUUUUCAAGGCCAAUAUGGAGAAAAGGGAUGUUGUUUGAUGCAAUUAUUACAGACCCACCAUAUGGUAUCAGAGAAGCUCCUCGCAGAAUGGGAUCACAAAAGGAAACAGUUAAAUCAGUUGAAAGAAGCACAGAAAAUCACUUCUUCGUUUCAUCCAGUUACCAUCUAAGUGACAUCUUUUUUGACCUCUUGAAGUUUGGGGCAGAAUAUCUGGUGAUGGGAGGAAGAUUGGUUUACUGGCUGCCCAUAUACAGGCCUGAAUACACAGAAGAGAUCAUUCCCCGCCACCCAUGCCUGAAACUUAUUAGCAACUGCGAGCAGCUGCUUUCCAGCCACACAUCAAGGCGCCUCAUAACCAUGGAAAAGGUGAAAGAAUUCAAGGAUCAAGAUGAGAACUCUUACUUGUUGGAUGGCCAGUAUAUGCCAUACAGGGGACACAAUUCUUUCCGUGAGAAGUAUUUCAGUGGUGUGACAAAGAGGAUUGCCAAGGAAGAAAAGGACAAUCAGAAGUAAAAUAUUAUAUAAACAGCUUAAAAAAUGGGAAAAGAAUGAAGACCGUGUUUCUUUGUAAGGACAUCUGGAUAUGAACAUUCAUUUGGAUGCUUCAGAAAAAUAAGUAACUGCUUUUAAUUUUAAAACAAGAUGAAACCCACAACCCAGGUUGGGAGCUGUUCUUUUUAAUUAGCUUUGUUUAUAGCAGAUUUUAUUGUACAAGUUUUUUUGAGUCUUAUUUAAUUUAUAUUUGUACUUUCAAGUACUAAUGAUGAUUGACUAAAACCAUUAUUAUUGUUCUUUCACCAUUAACGUUUACAAGAAAGUAGUAGUAUUAUUUGGCUUCUUAAACUGUGAACAUCUGGCUGUUUUAAAAACACGUGGUGGUGAUCAGGGAUUGCUGAUUAAGAAGAUAAUUUUAAUUUGUUUUGGUUUUUUUUGUAAAUGGUGUACAAUAAACCAAGGUUGGCGUGA